AUGGCGUGUACCGUAGAUUUCCGGUGCCUAGAUGAGGGAUUCGGCGGGAAAACCUACAAGCGGAAGCGCGAGUGUCAGGAACAAGCCGCCGCCGAAGCAAUGGCCGGUGAAGCGUCGAUGGAUAUCGAUCUGAUUAGUCCUCCCGCCGCGAAACGCAGCGCCGUCGCUUCCACCGAAAAUCCAGACAAACCUAUGUUUGUGGCGGCGGUGGGGAGACCGACGUACGACGGUGUAAUCGCCGGGAAAGUAUCCGGAAGGCCGUGGAAACAGCCGCGGACUCACCGUUCGUCGGGGAGGUUUGUGAGGAACAAGGGACCGGAUCUGGAGGAGAUGAAGAGGCAGAGGGAGAUUAAGAAAGCGUACAAGGAGAGGAUCAAUGAGCUUAAGGAAGAGAUAAGGACCAACAAGGUGGAGAAGAGGAAGAAGAAGGAAGAGAGGGAGCAGAGGAAGAAGGAGAACGUUCUGAGAACUGGUACGAAAUUGCAGAAGAUUACAAACCCUAAGACGUUGAAGAAGAUCGCAAAGUCUAAGCAGAGGAAGCAUCUCAAAAAUAUUCCUGAUGAGGUGAUGAAUGGGAACAAGAAGACGAGCAUCAAGAAUUAG